AUGGAUGAGUUUGCGCAAUCAAGAGAAGACGAUGAUCUCUUCGGCGAUGAAUUCGAGCCUGCGUCGGAACCUACAGUCAUAGAAGAGGCACCAAUUCAAUCCGUCUCAAAACUGUCGCCUACAGCAGAAACAUAUGUUCACACCAAUGGCGCACAAUUAUCUUCAUCAACAGGACCUUCAAACAACCAUAAUCAUAGAAAUCAGCGGGAACGAGGCACGGAUAGAAGACGAGGCGGAAGGGGAGGUCGAGGUGGUACAUCAAAUAAUGGUCUGAAAUCAUCCAGAUAUGCGUCUCAAGACCCGGUGCCUGUCGCCAAUCAAUCUCAACCUGCCGAAUCCGCAACUGAACAAGUCCAAGUCGCGCCUUCGACCUCUCCACCAGUACAAUCUCCUGUCGAAUCACAACCACAACAAAAAUCUAUACUGUCAGUUCGAGGGGAUCGUUCUUUGACUGGCGGUCCCUCACAUAAAAAGCUCACCGAGGAAGAAUUGACAGCAAAGCUCGAGCGAAUGAAGAUCAUAAAUGCAGAAAAGGCCGAGUCGUUCCGGAAGAGUGAAAAAGAUCGAGAGGGUUAUGCGGAAAAGGAAAAAGAAGAAAAGCGCAAGAGAAAAGAAGAGAUCGAGAGAGGUAGAGUAAUGGAAGGUGAGAGAAUGAAGAAUAGAGAGAGAAAGCUAAAGGCUAUGGGUGGGAGGGAGUGGGACGAGGGCAAGGAUGAGAAAGAUUUCGAGGACAAUAAAGGAAGGAGCUCGCAAUAUGUUAGAGGUGGUCAUGGUGGAGUUAUUAGAGGUCGGGGUGGCUUGGCUGGUAGUAGGUUUAAUGAUGCGCCGGAAGAUGAUAUGUCUUCAUACAUUUAUGAUGAUAAUAAAGGACGGGGAUCUGGGCGCGGAAGAGGAAGGGGAAGGGGUAACGGAAGGGGUGGAAGAGGUGGUUCAGCACAACAAACACAAACUGUACCUGCGCUAGAGGACUUCCCAUCAUUGCCCACUACAACAACAUCAAAAACUACGAAAUCCGUUCUCAAUUCUCCGUUCGUUGGAGCUGGCGACUGGGCAGAUGAGAUGGCUACUCCUACUGAACAGGAGAAGAAACUUGAUGUUUAA